AUGAAUGCGGAAAUGAUGAUCAUCACAAUGCAUUUUCUAAUCUACUCGAUAGCAGUAGCCGCGUUGUCUGUUGUAGGACAGCUAGAGACCAAGUGUUUUUGUGGCUACCGUCAGUCUGGGGCGGUCAUAACUUUUCGUUGCGCCUCAGACAAAAAGAAUUUGCCAAAAUCUGUGUUUCACCCUGUCUUAUGUGUCCGUCUGGGGGACAGUGUUCGAAUUGGAGAUUCUAGCGGCUUGGAAGCUAUCCGCCGAGAGACAGGAUUACUUGGGAUGGUAAUUGAACCCUAUGGUCUGAGCCAAUUGCAAGUUGGUGGUCAGGUAGUUAAGCUUCAGCUGAAUCUUCCACUCCAAACAAAACUGAUUGACGCCCUCGCCCUUGCUGGUCUCCCGAAUUUGAAAACUCUCCACGCCUGGAGGGCCCCGCUAGCUCUUGAGGCAUGCAGCCUCCUUGGACUGCCUAUGUUGGAGAAUCUAGUGCUAAGCUGUGCUUCCACGUUCGACCACUUCCUCACCUUUGGACCUUCGUUUAAAAGCAUUCGACUGAUUGGGUGCCUGGGGAGACCAAUCCAGUUCAUUUGCAGUCAAUGUACUCAGCGAGAGAAUAUGAGUGUGCUACGAGUGCUUCCUGGUCCACCAUCUCAAGGUGGAAUCGUGAGUUAUGAAAGUUUCAUCAACCCUCCCCAGUCAAACAACUCGAUCAUAAUGGGUAAGUGUGAGCCGGGAGUCUGUUCGGAUGAUCAUAUUUGUCGCUAUAAUUACCCCCUCAAACUAGCCCGAAAACUCCAGGUGUCGUCAAGUGCCGGUGCUUCUGAAGGUGGACAAUCGAUGGUUUCGGUUUUCGUGCCCAUCCUUUCCAUAGUCUUGGUUCUUUUCAUUGCCUUGUGUUUGUUCACAUCCCUGCGAAUUUCCCGAACAAAGAGGAUGAAGACAUUGGCCUACUCUGAUCCACUUAAGGCCCAAGCCAGUCUUGAGGCGAACGCUUUUCUACCGGAUCAAAAUUAG